UAGUGGUGUGGUGUGUACAGGAUAAUUUAAACGACGUUGAUGACGAGGACCUGCAGCUCAUAAAAUUCCCAGUUUUUCGGUACUGGGGAGAAAUAUGAUAAAGCCAUUAUAUAUUGCGGUUUCAGUCAACGAAUUCCUGGAAGUGGCCUGGAUGUAAUUAAUUUUACAUGAGAUUUUUACCCCCUGACUGAAACGUGUGCGAGUGUAUCGCGUGUGUUUGUUUGGAGGUAUUAUUUUACGAACCGGAGAUUUCUACUGAUAACUUUUGCUACCAAAGAUGCGGAAAAGUCACGAUUCGUCGUUGUCGUAGCGUUUAUCGUCCGAGACCACCACCAGGACCUCCAAUUUUUUUUCCAGUCCUGUCAACCAGUGAAAUUGUAAUCCUUCGGAAGGCCAGCUGGUGCCGCCGCGGUAGCAAGUACCACUUACUUGGGUCUGGACAGCUAGAGUGAGUGUUUGGAUAAGAACAAGUACUUACAGCAGCUUCAGCUGUGAAAAGUGUACACAGCGGCGAGCACUUGGUUGUACCCUGAACUGGGGAUAUUCCAGCACAUGUUUUGCUGUGUUUUGUUGUGCAUAGAAGAAGAAAUUUGAAAGUGAACAUUUUCUUGGCCAAGGGCAGAGCCCUUAAGUUGCCCCCAGGUGCAAUUCAAGUGGAAACACUAGUAGGCCACCCUUCAACCGUGAUUGGCCAGUGAAACUGAAAACCGUCGGAUCCAGUUGAUACAGAACAAUGCCACAAUGGUCGAGCAUGCUGCAUUCCCGUUGAUUGCUUGGCCAUCAGAAGGACUGGGAGUUAUUGUUGAGGACGUCAUAGCGUCAUCAUCAUCAGUCUCUGCCGCCGCCGUUGCCGCCGUAGGACUACGAUGCUAAGCGCUGAGGAACGCGUUCUGGAAUGGUUUCACUAUAUCUACCACAACGAUUCCUCUACCACCCUGAUCCUCAACACUACCGAAUUCCGGCGACGGCUGUUCGCCAUCCUAGACGCCAACUCGACCAACACCAGCCCCUCCACGAUGAACGGCCCCACCAAGCUAUACCGGCGGGCGUUCGAGUUCCAGAACAUUUCCGAGCACAAUAUCACCCACGAGUACGUGAACGACUUCCUGGAGAAGCUGUUUCAGUCGUUGAACCGGGUCAACCGAACGACCGCGCCGGCCUUCGAGGAUGACUGGGGAGGCGGCGAUUCCGGCCCGGAUGAGCACGGCAACUGCAGCGAUUACUGCAAGGGCCUUGUGCGGGACCUGUUGAUGGACUACAAGAUCCUGCACGGGUACAUUGCGCUUGUGAUAUGCGUUUUUGGCACGAUUGCCAACAUCCUGAACAUCGUCGUCCUGACGCGCAAGGAGAUGUGCAAAAACCCCAUCAACCGCAUCCUGAAAUGGCUCUCCGUGACCGACAUGUUCGUGAUGAUGGAGUACAUCCCGUUCGCGUUCUACAUGUACUCGAUACUGCCAGACCGCCAGGACUACCCGUACUCGUGGGCGGUCUAUCUGAUGUUCCACAUGCACUUCACCCAAAUACUGCACACCAUCUCGAUCCUGCUGACGGUGUUGCUGGCCGUGUGGCGAUACAUCGCAAUCAAACAUCCGCACGGUUCAUUAGCCCUCUUCGCCCAAUCUAAUUACAGUUAUGCAAUCCUGUUCUGCUACGUGCUGGCCCCCAUCCUGUGCAUGCCGACGUACUUUGUCUUCACGAUACGGCAGACACGUGUCUACAAGGACGACGCCCCCGUCAUGCUGUACCACUUGGACGCGGACGAGAACACUUCCGUUUACCGCUACAACUUUUGGAUCCACUCGGUUAUCAUCAAGCUGCUGCCGUGUGCGGUGCUGACCGUAAUCAGCUGCGUCCUGAUCAACGUCCUGUGGAAGGCUAGCAAGCGGAAGCUGAAGCUUAAACAGGGCGCAAAUUUGGUGCCCAGUAAAAACGGUGCGACGACGGCAGGGGUGGCUUCGUCGCCGAGUCACGCCACCAGCUGUGCCACCACCAACGCCACAGCUGGGCCGAUCGGUGUUGGGAACGGAACCAGACACCCCAAGGCGGACCGCCGCGCCGACCGGACCACGAUGCUGCUGGUGGCGGUGCUGAUGCUGUUCCUGGUGACGGAGUUCCCCCAGGGCAUCCUGGGCCUGCUGAGUGGCAUCCUGGAAAAGUGCUUCUUCAAGCGUUGCUACGCGCUGUUUGGCGAGAUGAUGGAUCUGCUUGCCUUAAUCAACGCCGCCAUCGGUUUCGUGCUGUACGGCCUAAUGUCGAAACAGUUCCGCACUAGCUUUAAGUCGGUUUUUUGCAAAACUCCAACCCAUAGGGUCGAGAUGACCAGGAUGACGGGCAUCACGACGACCUGCGUCUGAUCGGGCGGGACAGUCCUACGGAAGGAUUCUAGCGCGAAUUUAGGCACUCAUCUCAUUCGUAUCACACUAGCACUGGUAGUUGGCAAUGGGUUAGCCAUUUGGGUAGCGUCCAAAUUUUAAAAACUCCACUGAUAUUGGUCAAAAUUUACGAACUAAAUUUAUACUAGAAUCUAGAUACAAAAAGUCCCAAGGGUUUUUAGCUUGGGUUGGAGUUGUGAUUUGAAAGGAUUUACUGUGUAAAUAUAUAAUCACUGAGCUUGAACAACGAAGGCAUCACCUGGGGAAAAAACGGUGGUGCAAUCGUAAUCCGUAGGCCAAGCUGUGGUGGUAAUACUUCCAAAGCUGUGUAGCAAAAGUCCGCUAUAUCCCACCUUGUACUCCCCCGCCCCCCCUCGAGUUCGCCGUAUGCGUUUGAGCCCACACGCGAUACGGACAGAGCAGUCGAACUAACGGAACGAUCUCACAAAAUUGGAAUAGUUACCACCAUAUAGUAAGUACGAAACAAACUAAAUAAAUUUAAAUGUGUAUUUGUUAAAAGGAACAAAAAAAACUAGUGUAAUUUGUAUAACUAAAAGUUUAUAUAAGUUUAAAAACAAGCGAACCGAAAAAAGUUACAAACUACUCAUUGGCAUGAAAGAGAAGAUUACUAUAAAAAAAAGUUACACGUUUAGGCUGUCAGAGUUCUAUGACGAGUUAGAUUUCACAAAGUUUCACCCCGCAGGUAGACACAACGUUGUGAUUCCAUCGUGGAUUUCAGAGUUUAGGAUCGUGUUUAUUUUUCUAUUUAUCUGAAUGCUGAAUGUAAAACAAAACCAAAGAGUUUCGUUCACUUCAAAUGGACUAAUAAAAGCGUUAGCGAAAUCAA